GCGGCCAUGUUGUCGUAGUCCAUUAUUGAUUGGCUGCAGUGGGAUGACGCUAGGUACGUCCUGGAUUAUCCUCCUUGCUGUUUCCAGUUCCUCGUCAGAGAGCCGGGUGUCUAGUGAGAGGAUGGAACCCGAUAGGCGUAGGAUGAAAGAGAGGAUACUGAAUCUCACCUUGGAGAUAAUCUACCUGCUAACGGGAGAGGACUGCACUGUAGUGACAAAGAAAUCUGGAGAGAGUGUGAACCCCCGCAGCCAACAUCAUGUGUCAGGAGAUUGGAGAAAGACCCAGGGUCCCACUUUGGAGCCUUCGACUCAGUCACUGAUACAUGAGAGAAACCAUCAACAGAAGAUCCUAGACCUCACCAACAAGAUCAUUGAGCUGCUGACUGGAGAGGUUUCUAUAAGAUGUCAGGAUAUCACUGUCUAUUUCUCCAUGGAGGAGUGGGAGUAUUUAGAAGAACACAAGGAUUUGUAUGAAGACGUCAUGAUGGAGAACAACCUUCCGCCCAUAUCACUGGCAACUAAAGACUUUAAUGAUGGAUCCAGUAAGAAAAAUUUACCAGAGAGAUGUCCCAGUCCUCUGUAUUCCCAAAACUGUCCAAAGGAGGAUGUUCGUGUCCCACAGGAUGAACAGAUCGAAAAUCUGGUUCAUCUUAAAGUUGAAGUUGUUGACGAAGAAAAUGAGGAGAUAUAUAUGACGGGUGGACAAAUAAAAGAAGAGGAAAGUCCUGUUGAUAUAAUCUCUGGUCCAGCUGAUCUUCUGACCAGUAUGAAUAUCUCAAACGGACAUUUUAUCUUAUCGACAGAUUGUAAAAUAGAAGCCAGCAACUUCACUCAAGAUUCUGCAGAAGAGGAUCCCUGUACCCCAAAUAUGUUUGCCGAAUUUCCUGUUUCUUCAAAUGCCUGGGAACAUUCUUUAGAUGACUUAUGUACUGAUUCCCAGAGCGCAGAUUACAUAGAGCGCAAAGUAUAUCCAUGUAUUGAAUGUGGAAAAUGUUACUCUAAAAAAGGAAGCCUUAUGAUACAUCAGAGAAUUCACACAGGGGAGAAGCUGUUUACUUGUAACGAAUGCGGGAGAAGCUUUGUGUACAAGGCAAACCUUAUUGAACAUCAGAGGUUGCACGCGGGGGAGAAACCGUUUUCAUGCUCAGAUUGUGGGAAAUGUUUCAAGCAGAAAUCUCACUAUUUCAAGCAUCGGAGAAGUCACAUGGGAGUGAAGAAGCGGUUUUCAUGCUCCGAGUGUGGAAAACGAUUUAAAGACAGAUGGACCCUUGAUCGCCACGAAAGAACUCACACAGGGGAGAAACCAUUUUCAUGUCCCGAGUGUGGGAAAUCUUUCACUCAGAAAUAUAGUUUUCUCGAACAUCAGAAAAUUCAUACAGGGGAGAAACCGUUUCCAUGCUCAAAGUGUGGGCUACGAUUUACCCGUAAAUCUAAACUCGUUCGCCACGAGAGAGUUCACACAGGCGAAAAGCCAUUUUCAUGUACCGAGUGCGGAAAAUGUUUUGCUCUGAAAACUACUCUUGGUAAGCAUCAAAGAGUUCACACCGGGGAGAAGCCCUUUCCAUGUUCUGAGUGUGGAAAAUGCUUCACUCAGAAAUAUGAUGUGGUUGAGCAUCAGAAAAUUCACACAGGAGAGAAACCAUAUUCGUGCGCCAAGUGUGGAAAAGGGUUCAUACGCAGAUCAAAACUGAUUCAACAUGAGCGAAUUCACACGGGCGAGAAACCCUUUUCAUGUACUGAGUGUGGAAAAUGUUUUACGCAAAAGCCAGGCCUAGUUCAACAUCAAAAGAUUCAUUUAAAAUGAGGGGACAUUUGAAGGGACUUUGCAAUAUAAGUGAUUUAUCAGGAAAGAUCAUUUUGUGGACACAGACUCUGUAUUUAUAUAUUUCCGGGCCAGAGCCUUAAUAUUACCCUGGGUCAUAUAUAUGUAUUAUUUUCAAUAGUUUUUUUCUCAACAUAAAUCAGCAUUCCUAAAAAUAAUACAGUCUUUCUGGCCCUUAGGAGGAUCUCCACCAAAAUGAAUGAAAAAAAAAAUAAUAAUAAUAAUUGGUGCUUUACGAGUCACUGGGCCCUUUCUCUGCCAUGAGUUGAGCUGCUGCUCUAAGUAAAAGACUAGAUGUCAGGGGUGUGCUGCGUGACAGCUCACCCCUUGUCUGCUUGUUAGACAGUUUAUAGUUCCAUAGAACCAGACUGUCCUAAAUGAUUGGUUUGGAGCUGUCAUGCUGUAGAGAAGAGCGCCACGGCACUCCCCAUCUCAUGAAGUGAUGAAUAUCAGGUGGAGAACCUCCAAGUUGUAGGCCAGAAGAAUAUUUAUUGGCUAUAUGAAUUCCUCAACAUUUCAUAAUGUUAAUAAUGGAAAAUAAUGAUUCAUGAAACUACAUUUGAAGAGGUCUUCUACCUUUAGGGUAGGGCUGAGAGAUUUAGCCAAAAAAUAAAAUCUCAU